AUGCGCCUCCCUCCCUCUACUCGUUCUGUCACUACAACCACCAGCAGUGCGACCGCCAUCAGACCCGUUUUCCCCUCACAGACUCGUCAGGCCCACACCCUGCGUCAACGCACUCGCCUCUUCACCCGAAGCAAAAGCACCCACCACCCAACACACCUGCCGACCAACAAGUCACCCGUCCUUCCCAAACCCUCGCACAUCGCGUCCACCCUUCCCUCGGAAGACGCCGACCUGCCCACCGCCCACCCACAACCACCACCGCACCAAGGCCCUCCCCGCCUUGUCCGUUACGAAUCAGACACGCAAUCGCAGCGUCCCUCCUCGCUCUACCCGACCUCGUUCGCACACGCUUCGUACCCGGACCCCGUGUCGUACCGCGCCCAUCUGUCGACUCGACGCGCGCCAGCUAGCCUCUUCGGUCUGUUCCCCACCACAAGUGCCACCGCCGCGAGCUUGAAAUCGCGUUCGGAUCCGUUUGCGUACACACCGUCCGGGUCGAGCCUUCAAACUCCAAGUUCGGGCGAGACGACGAUCGAAACCACCACCAUGGCGAGUAGCUCAUCGAUUGUAGACGCGGCCAAGGCGGGCGAAGCUGAGCUGCACCAGCGCAAGCGCGCUAGCAAGACCCACGCUGCCGCCGCCGGCGCGCACCACCACGGCCACGGACACGGGCACCACCAUCACGACCACGGGUCCGCCGAGGAGGCCGAUGCGCUCCUCGCCGCCCUCCGCGGUAAAGGCGACCGCGGGAGCAACAUCACCCUCGCCGGUCUCGUCUCCAACAUCGGCCUCUGCGCCGCCAAAGGCACGGCGGGCGUCUACCUCAACAGCGCCGCUCUGUUGGCCGACGCGGCGCACUCGCUCUCGGACAUGUUUGCCGAUCUUGUCACACUGUUCUGCUGGAAGAUGUCGCAGAAACCUCCGUCGGCGAGCCAUCCUUUGGGAUACGGCAAGUACGAGACGAUGGGUUCUCUCGGGGUAUCUCUCGUUCUUGUAGCAGGAGCGGUGGGGAUUGGGUUUCACUCGUACGCGCUGUUGGUGGAGGCAUUGCAGCCAACACUGGCGAGUGCACCGGCGGCGAUCCAGGCACUGGGUGCGUGGUCCGGUGGUCUCGCACACAAUUUCCACGAUCACGCCCACAACGAAGGCGGACUGUUGGAUCCUAACGCCAUGUGGUUUGCUCUGCUCUCCAUCGGCGUCAAGGAAUGGCUCUACCGCGCAACCCUCAAGAUCGCUCGUGAAGAGAACUCCAGUGUCCUCGAAGCCAAUGCCUUGCAUCAUCGCAGCGAUAGUCUGUCCUCCGCCGUAACGUUCCUGGCCAUCGGUGGGAGUUGGUUGGGUUUCCCCGUGUUGGAUCCGCUAGGUGGGUUGUUGGUGGCCGGUCUGAUCGGAAAGCAAGGGGCGGAUCUGUUGAUCGGCGCAUUGGGAGAGCUGUCCGACCGCGGAGUUGAGCCCGAGAUGCUGCAGACGUUUGAUGCGGCGAUUGACGAGGUCAGGCAGAGGUUCCCCGAGCUGCUGAUGGGGUGGAGGGAUUUGAGGGCGGUCAAGAGCGGUGUUAGUACGUUUGCAGAUGUCACGGUUCAAUUGCCUAACGAUGCCACGCUGAGACAGGCGGGCGAGGUGGAGAGGGCCGUGAGGGAGGCCGUCAUGGCUUGCACAAAGGGCGUCAAGGAGGUCAGGGUUAGACUGGUCACUGUGGACGCCGAGUAG